CCUGUGCGUGUGACCUCUCAUCUCGUGCGCGUGUGCUGGCGGCCAGUGCUCGUCCCGCCGCAGCCGCCGCACCAUGGCCGCCGCCCUCUCCAGCUCCGUGUGCGUGCUGCUGGCCGUGCUGCCGCUGCCGCCGGUCGAGGCGGCAGAACCAGGAACAUUCUUCUGGAGUCGGCGACAAAUAGGACCAGUAACCUUACCUCCUGAUCCUUUCGGUCCCCAAGAUUAUACUCCUAAAAAUGACAUGGCUAAUAUAGGACCAAGUGCUAAGCAGCGCGGCGGCCAAGUAGAAGUAAUCGACCGCCGGAAAGUGAGCAAACCAACUAGGAAGAACUUUAAAGACGGUUAUGUGGUCAUCAUCGACGGGUGGAGACUUACUACUUCGGUUAUGGCGCUUGUGACGUACAGUAAGGUAAUGAAUGAAGCCUACCCACACCUGCAUCCCUGCUACUCGGACUUCUGGACCACCGCGUACCGCUGGUUUUACCGCUACUAUAAAUCACUUCCAGAUUGGGCGUUCGGCAGGGGUACCUUCAUAGACACGCACAAGGUGUGGAGGAAGCGCUACUGGUACAUGGACAGAAUGGUGCCUCAAGUUUUACGACCCUUUUUAAUUGAGUUAUGCGUAGAUCCUGCUACCUUCAAGAAAGAAGAGUGGGUUUGGAGAAAGUUCGUCAGAUACACCCAGCCACAGUGGGGUAAAUUCUUUAUAUACCCUUCGAAGGUCUUCAAUAAUUACAAAUCUAUGAGGCCAGACGAAACAUGGGAAUACGUUGAUGAUAGCACGAGGUCUAAAAGUUUAAGCUAAAAUGGAAGUUUAAAUAUUUGGAUUAUACGGUUGGCGCAGUGCGGGGGCAACCGACUGCCACGCAACGUGUCACGGGUCCGAUUAUUAUCGGGAGGAUCGUCCGUUUCAGAUCUUAGACAACUUUACUGUCUGAUCCUUAAAUACACAUCUUAUGUACUACUAGCUGAUGCCCGCAGCUUCGCUCGCGUUGAUUACAGACUUUGUGACUUUGUUUUCUAAAAUAAAAGUUGCCUAUAAAAUCCCCGUCGAAAUCAGCUCGUCCACACUGCGGACGACUGGGAAUGUGAGGUCUACUCUUAUUCAACUAAAAACGAAGUUUCGUCCGAAACUACGCAAAUUUCAUACUACAAUUCCAUUUAAUGCGAACUUUUGUGAACAAAAAUAAACGAAUGCAAUGAAGAUAAAUAAAUAGGUUUAGAUUUGAAUUUAAAAAUAAACAGUUAUUUUAAGUAAUUUUAUUAGUAAAAAUAUGAAAGCUACUAACGCUUGCGGCCGAAGAUUAAACGAAACUUGGCAUUCGAGAACCGGAGUAGAGCUACAGUUCGUCUACACUGUGGAGUGUGGACGAACAGAACGCAUUGUUCCCAGUCGUCCACACCCCGUCAUCUCACGUCUAGUCUAAGAGUUCAUAAAGAAAACAUGAUAAUAGUAUUUCUUUAAAGUAUUAUGUACUUAGCUUUAUUACUUUAAAAGUAGGUACAUACCCAGUAAAUCUAAAGUUUUUUUUUGCGUAUUUUGUACUAAAUGUUGGAACACUGGAUGUUGUAUCAAUAUCAGAUUAAAUGUAAUUAAAUAUUAUAUACAACGUGUAACAAAAAGGGGGUAUACAUAUCAAUUGCACGGCUUCUAGAUAACAUAACAAACGAUACGGGAAGGGUUUUUUAAACUCAUGUUUUCAUGGUACCAAGUUAUGAAUUUUUCAAAUCGCGCUGCCGCGUGAUUCAAAAUUAGGUAGACAGGUACUAGGCGAUCAGAUUGACAGAAGAAAUGUUUCGUAAUACUCGCGAGUGAUCCCUGUAGUGUUGUGACAUGAUUAUAUGAUUUAAAACGAAGAAACAUGCGAUACCAAGUAUUUGGUACAAAUUUUUUUAAUCGUAUUUUCAGCUGAAACUUCGUGUAGAGAUUCUAUUCAACCUGUAUUCAUCAGCGCUUCUUGAUGUAUAUGGGCAUUUUGUUACACGUUGUAUACAUAUAAUAUUAUUAUAAUAUUAUACAUUUAAUCUGUGUAUUAAAAAAAAAAUAUUAUGAAAUAUAAAAACUUUAAAACUUUUUGAAUCUUAAUGUAAAAAGUUUUAAAGUUACAAUCGCCUGGGUGUACUGCUAUACAUUUAACGUAAAUACAGAAACGUGGUAAGUGCGCUGCCAGCACGCUUGCAACCUUUUUGUGUAGUUUCCAAAACAGAAAAACGCCGUGCCGGAACCGUGCUUGUUACGUGAGUUCGAUCCUUAAUAAUAGCUAUAAGGUAAUAACAUACGCUGUAAAGUUAUGUGUGUAAAUUUCAAAAUAAAUAUUUUUUGACAACAGAAGUGCAAUCAAUGGGCGGUUUCGCCUAAAGACUUGUAACAUCUUCCUAUUAACCAUCUACUAUGUAAAACAUCUCAAAACAUGUUGUUUUUCAAAAUUUCCACUAUAAUAUCCAUUUACUGAAGAAGGCUAUC